GUUUAAAUGCCAACGAGGGAAAAGAAAUCACGCAAAAGAAGAAACACAGCACAAAAGCAGUUACAAAUCUGAACGAGAGAGCCCUUUAACCGUUUAAAACGCAUGUUAAAGCGAGUAAUUUUGCUUAGAAUAACAAAUUAUUACUUGAAAAACAUCAUACAAUUGAGGAAGUAAUUGCAGUGAUAUGAUUGUGCCAUAGAUUUUAUUUGUGUGACAUUUUUGGUCCAAUAAUCGUUUCGUAACGGUUCGCGCGCCAUGGAGGAACCACACACCACCCCGAAGAAAAAAUCCAACAGUUCGGAACAUCAUGACACGAUUUUUAAAACGUUGGAGAAUUUCACCGCUCCGACUAGUCCUAAGCUUCCAACGAUCAAAGAUUUCUGCAUUCUGAAACCAAUCAGUCGAGGUGCCUUCGGGAAGGUAUUUUUGGGCUACAAGAGGAACGACCAGAACAAAUUGUUUGCUAUCAAGGUGAUGCGUAAAUCGGAAAUGAUAAACAAAAACAUGGUGUCACAGGUGAUUACCGAACGGAAUGCUCUUGCCCUGUCCCGGAGUCCAUUUUGCGUCAUUCUGUACUACUCGCUACAAUCCAUUUCGUGUGUUUAUCUUGUAAUGGAGUACAUGGUGGGUGGCGAUUUGAAGUCUCUCCUUGCCAUGUAUGGAUUUUUCGAGGAAUCGGCCGCCAGAUUCUACGCUGCCGAAAUAUGCCUUGCUCUACAAUAUCUCCACAAGCAUGGUAUCGUACAUCGGGACAUUAAACCGGACAACAUGCUCAUUUCGGCAGCAGGCCACGUCAAGUUGACCGACUUUGGUUUGAGCCGAAUCGAAAUGAGUCGGGAUUUGGAGAUAUCGGACCUAAUCAACUGUUCGCCAAGUCUCAAUGCCAGGACGCCCGGGCAGUUACUUUCACUUACGUCUCAUUUAUCGUUCGGCUCCCACGAUAAGCGCCUGCAAGAGCAGCUUGACAAAGAACGACUCCAGCAAUCGUCGGAAAACGAAUCUGACAAUUCGUUCACCCAAUGCAAGCAGAACGAUAGCAAAAUGUCCGGCGUAAGUCCGUUCUUUUCGGCCGAACAGAACGUAAGUUUGUUGGAUGAUGCAAAAGAGCUUCAGAAGGCGGUGGACUCCCGAAUAACGGCGGACAUGUCGUCUUUGUAUUAUACGUGCAAUUCGAGCACCGAAGGAAAAAGUAGCAGCGGGAGCUACGUUUCUCUGAAUGGCAAUUCUGACAGUCGAAGGGCGGACAGACAAACCUGUGAUAUCGGUGAUGGUGUCAAUUGUGAGAAAGAAAACAAUCCGAACCAAUAUAACACAAGAUCGGUAAUGUCGGAGAAAUUUAAGGACUCGUUCGAUUUCCUCUUGCUUCCGGGGGCAAGCCAUCACAAGUGCAAAACGCAUGUCAGCAAUGAUUCUGGUGUUUCCAGCCGGAAAAGUGAUAUUUCCAACAUUCCAGCUGAACUAUCAGCCAUUGAGCGACCGGCGGAUUGCUCAAGCCAUCACAGCAGCAGCAACAAGGACUAUUCAUGCUCGGAUUUUUCUCGCAGCUAUAGUAUGAGUAAUAUAAAUGAAUCCUGUAAUUCGAGACAUCAGUGCGAUUCGCCGGUGAAAAAUGGAAUAAGAUGCUUCAAGAGACCGGAGUAUUUUAGGGGUAUCAAACGCAAACGACACUUGGUUAGUCGGGUUGACUCGCUUGUGUCGGAUCCGGACGGAAGUACCGCCAGUACCGGACUGACCCAGGAAAUCGAUGUUAUGGACAUCGGCAGUAGCACACCGAAAAAACGAAAGGCAACUUCUCCUAUCAAGGGCGUUCUCAAGGUACGCUCGCUAUCCGACGACGAAAUGCCCUUGAAUGAAAAUCUAGGCACCGUAAUGUUCUCCACGCCGGUUUCAUCACAGAAAGUGCGUCGCGAAGGCGGUCCACUGGCCAAACUCAAAAACACUCGAUUUGCGCUGCCUACUUCCGUCGAGCAGUUACGGAAAACGGAAGCAUUCCUCAAAAUUACCGACGAAUCCGUCAUGUCCCCUAUCUGCACGGCCAAUUCCUCUGUUCCCAAUGUGGGCACCACUCCCAAAACCGUCAAAACGCCAUUCAGGACACCGAAAUCGGUGCGGAGAGCACCGAUGGAGUCCGAUGAACGAAUCCUUGGAACACCGGACUACCUUGCUCCCGAAUUGCUGCUCCAGCAAGGCCAUGGCCCCCAGGUCGACUGGUGGGCAUUGGGGGUCUGUUUGUACGAGUUCAUGACCGGCGUACCCCCAUUCAACGACGAAACACCACAGAAAGUGUUUGAAAACAUUCUGAGUCGCAACAUCGAGUGGCCCCAGGAUGACGAAGCCCUGUCAGCGGGAGCGGUCGAGGCGGUAGAGCAACUACUAGAAAUGGAUCCCAGCAAGAGGCCCAAGGCCGAUCAGAUGAAAGCGAUGUCCUUCUUCGAACCAGUCGAGUGGGACAACAUGGAAUCAAUGCCGCCACCGUUCAUUCCGAACCCAGAUGAUCCACAGGAUACCGGGUACUUCGAGGCAAGGAACGUGAUGCAACAUUUAAAAUUAUCUAAUUUUGAUAUGGAUGCGUAUUAGCGACCGGUAGGGGGAUCCGGGCGGCAGACGCUGGGAUGUUUGUGCGAAAAUUAUAGAGAGGGUUCCCUAGUAGAUUAACACCUAACAAUUGCAAGCUGUUAUGUCUUUUAUUUUAUAAGGAUAGAUAUUAUGUGAUAAAUAAACUCGAUACUCAAGACUA